AUGUCCAACGUUCGAGCAUUAUGGCAAGCUUCUUUAACUUGCACUAAAAGAGCUCUCUCGUGGAAUGUCAAUGACAUGUUUCCUCUUAGCGAGAGAUUUAUAUACAACUUUAAUUCCAAAGAAGAGCUUAAAAAAUGGCAUUUAUAUUCAGUUUCUGAAUAUGGAGAAUUGGAAAUCACUGAUGCUGGAAAUCAACAGAGUGGUGACAACACUGGAGUAUUCUCUGGGAAUCUUUCUCAAGAUGUUACUGAUAGUACAAAAUGGAAUAUUAGCCGGAGAGGAUUUUGCGGAAUGAGACCCCUACGAUACCGUAGCACUAAAAAUCAGAGGAUAUGGGAGGAGUUAUAUAUCUACUAUUUACACCGAAAAUUGAGUGAAUUCUCCUGGACAAAUGGAAAAAAAUUCAUGGCAAGCUUUUGUAUUCCGUUGGCGCAUUACCUUCGAACAUGGAGAUGGAAUGUAAUUGAGGUGGAUAUAGAAAUUAAUCCAUCAAGAGUUGUUGGAAUUGUAUUCUUUGUGAAUGCUGAAGGUGGUGUACCUGGUGGACAAACUGGCCCAGGUGUUGAUGUUUUCUUGUCUGGAUACGUUUUUCACUUGAAGAUUUUGCAUGAGAGAGACCUAGGCUUGUUAAAUGGACAAUCUGAAAGUUAUCAAGUAAAGAGAGUUUCCUCAAAGGUAGCAAGGAAAGAAUUAAGAAAGUUGAAGCUGGUGAGUAGAUUUUCUGUGAAAAACUAA